AGAGCGGAAUGGAGGUAAAAGCGUUUUUACUGAGCGCUUACUAUGUGCAGAGCGCUACUUUGCACCGGAAAAGCGGGCGGAAUCCAGAUGGCGUCGGCGGGGCUGUUCGAGUGCCGGCUGUGCGGCCUGUCGGCCCCCUACGGCUACGUGGGACGCAGGCCGCCCGACUCGCGCUCCGUCGUCCUGCUGGAGGAGAGCUACGUCACGCGGGACCCGUUCGCCCCCGGCAAGGACAAGUUCCUCGUCGUCGGCUCCCGGUGCGGUCUGUGUGACAAGCCCGUGUGCGCGGGCCCGGGAUGCAGCUUGUUCUACUCCAAGCGGUUCUGCCUGCCCUGCACUUGGGAAAACAUCGACGCGUUCCCCCGGGAAAUCCGCCACGAUCUGGAGAAGAAGAGAGCCGAGACGAAGCCCUCGUCCAAAAAACCGGACUCGAGGACGUGAGCGGGUGGGAUUGGCGGCCGGCAGGCGGGGUCGGGGAGGCGACGCGCGGCCUGGAGCUGGGCCGUUCCCAAGAGCCCGGAGCGCCCCCGUGGACCGACCCCCGCCCUCCCGGACCUUCCGCGGGCCACAGUCCGCCGUGGUCAGGGCUGGGUGGUCCCCACGCUCUCCGUGACACCCCCCUCACCCACCUUCCCUAGGCCAUGAAGGCGGGCCCUCCUUUCCCAGUGCUUUUUCUCAUCAACAUUGUGAGUAGAGAGGAGGAGGCGACGAAGGAAGGGGCUGGGGGGGAGCGGAAUUUGGGGCAGCGGGUUAUCGGAAUAAAUAGAUUCCAAAACCCCGGUC